UCCAAAAUGGCGACCAGAAAAGAUGAAGGCGACGGAGAAACCGCUAAUAAAAAAGAUAAAGAUUUCUCUGUAAAGGUGAUUUGCUUAGGGGAUAGCGCUGUUGGAAAGUCAAAAUUGGUCGAGCGAUUCCUUAUGGAUGGCUACAAACCACAGCAACUUUCUACAUAUGCUCUAACACUGUUUCAAUAUAAAACAAAAGUAGAUGACAAAGAGGUUAAUGUUGACUUCUGGGAUACUGCAGGUCAGGAGCGUUUUAGCAGUAUGCAUCCAUCGUAUUAUCACCAAGCACAUGCUUGCAUAUUGGUAUUUGAUAUAACAAGGAAAAUUACUUACAAGAAUUUACCAAACUGGUAUAAAGAACUUCGUCAAUAUAGAGAUUCCAUCCCUUGUAUUGUAGUGGCUAAUAAAAUAGAUGUUGAUUACAAAGUAACCCAGAAAUCAUUCAAUUUUCCAAAAAAGUACAAUUUACCUUUCUAUUUUGUUUCUGCUUCUGAUGGAUCUAAUGUUGUUAAAGUUUUCAGAGAAGCGAUUAGGUUAGGAGUUCAGUACAAAGAAAAUUCAACAGAUUUUAUGGAUAUGGUUAUGCAAGAAUUAGAGAAUUUUGAUGAUCUUAAUAUAACAGAAAAUGAAUUUGACCAGAAGAGUGAUGAGGAGAAUACAUGAAAUCUCUAUGAUUACAUCAAGGCUGUGCUCUUAUUUAUAAAUAAUUAGCUGAUCUGGAAUACCUGAAAUUCUAUGUACAAUGAUAAUUAUCUACAUAAUUAUGUAUUGAUCAAAUCUAGCCGUACUGCCACACAAGGCAUGUCAUGCAAGCCACUGUCACACAAGCCACUGUCAUGCAAGUCAAUGUCAUGUAAUUCGCUGCCUGACAAGUCAAUGUCACAAGUGACUUUCAUAUAGAAGUUACUGUCACUGUCUGCAAGUCAGUGUCAUGCAUGUCACUGUCGUGUGUCAUACAAAUCAUUGUCACUCCUGUCUUACAAGUCCCUGUCACACAAGUCUCAGUCACGCAAGUCACAGUCAAGCAUGUCACUGUCACGAAGUUAUACAUGUCACUAUGUCAUGUAUCUAGCUGUCACAAAAGCUAUUGUUAAAAUGUAAGGAAUAUUGUUACAUGACACUUCAUUUUAAAUGUAUUGUGUACAAAAAUGUCCUUUGUUAAUAGAAUUAGAAUGCUACAAAAAAUUAUUAACUAUUGUUGUGAAGUUGUACAAAACUAAUGCAAGACUUUGUGUGUAUAUAUGUAAAGAUAAAAAGUGUUGGACAACUAUUUUGGUUUAACCAAGUUCUCAAGAACUUCAGGAUAACCUUCAGCUGCCUUGGAUCUUGUAUCUUGAGCAGCCAUGUUUUGGGAUCCCUGUCUUAUGUGAAGGGGACUAACUCCACCUCUCUCCUCCCCCGACAUUUUUAUGGCUAACAAUUAUAUUUAUAUUAAUAAGCACCUAAUAUAGUACUACUCCACUUCUCAGCGGUCUCUUGUAGUGAUUUAAUAUAAUUUAUUACAAGGACUAUUUCAAUUGUGAUCUCUAUUUUUUUCAAUGAUUUAUAAAUAAUCAAUGAUUUAUAUGGCCUUUUACUGUGAACUUUUACAAGUACAUAUCCAGGGUUGUUUUAGAGAGGGGUAACAGAAUGCCCCAGGAGUGAUAAAUUUUUUGGAACCGGGGCGCUAAGAAUAUAAGCCAAAUCCCUCUCAUUUCCCAAUAAUCCACAAGUUGGAUGUCCUAUAUGUUUGCUCAAAACUCUGUAAUGACUGUAUUUAUACUGGAUUUAUUGUUGUAGUCAAAAACUUUGUAAUAUAUAUAAAAUCUAUAAAUCAAUUAAUCUUCAAUGAUAUUGAUGAUGUCAGAAAGGGUGACAUUACAUUUGCAGUACUAAAUUAAUGUAUUCACAACUUGAGUUUCGUUAAAUAAAGCCCUAUGAUCUCCCUCAA